AGUCAUGUGCUCACUUGCAAGCUGAUUAGAACAACCUUGAUCAUCUCUAACGCUUCGAGUUAAAUUCUCUUUAAUUUUCCAUUCGUCUCGCGCAUCAUACUGUUAAAUGCUCAUAUCCAUACAUGCUAUAGGUAGCGCUCACACAGCUGUUGUCAGCAGCUCUGUCACGUGAUUGCAUUGUUUGCAAAGAAAAGUUAAUUAAGAAGUAGUCACAAGUAUGGAAUGGAGAUCAAAAGAAUUAAUUUAAACGUAUCUGUAGGAUACAGAGUAGUUUAUUUGUUAUCUACGUGAAAAGGAGUAUAACAAGCAAAGUUUAUGGAUCUAAGAAAACAUUUACAGACGAAGUCUUGCGCAACUUAGACAUUUUUUCACAAAAAGCUGGAAAAAUUUUCAAAAAUAAAAAGUAACAAUGAAGUUUGCAGAACAUCUCUCAGCUCACAUCACACCAGAAUGGAGGAAACAGUAUAUAAGCUAUGAAGAAAUGAAAGCAAUGCUAUAUGCAGCAGUAGAGGAAGCACCAUCAGCAGAAAGUGUAGAGCCUGAGGUGAUUACUCGACAUUUUGCUUCAUUUGAUGAGGUAUUUUUCACAUUCUGUGAUAGGGAACUGAAGAAGAUUAAUACUUUUUAUUCUGAAAAAUUGGCUGAAGCAACAAGGAAAUAUGCAGCUUUACAAAGUGAACUCAAAACUGCUCAAGAUAUGCAGCAUGGAGGAAGCAAAAAAGGCAAAACAUCGUCCAAAACUCAAAUUCCUGCCAGAAAAAUGAGAGAACUCAAGCUUGCUUUUUCAGAAUUUUAUUUAUCACUUAUUCUCCUGCAGAACUAUCAAAACCUUAAUUAUACAGGAUUUCGUAAAAUUUUAAAAAAGCAUGAUAAGUUGCUGGCUGUGGAUGCUGGUUCAAAAUGGAGAGUAGAAUCCGUAGAAACAUCUCACUUUUAUACCUCAAAGGAUAUAGACAAAUUAAUUCAAGACACAGAGGCAAGUGUAACUCAAGGCCUCGAAGGCGGUGAUCGUCAACGAGCAAUGAAACGCCUGAGAGUACCUCCUUUAGGAGAGCAUCAAAGUCCCUGGACGACGUUCAAGGUCGGUCUCUUUUCUGGUAGCUUCAUUGUUCUCUUUGUAGCAGUAGUAUUGUCAGCUAUAUUUCACGAUGGAGGCGAGAACUUAAAGAUCGCUUUCCGAUUGUACAGAGGACCUCUCUUACUCAUUCAAUUUCUCUUUCUGAUUGGUGUGAACGUGUACGGUUGGCGAUCGUCUGGUGUCAAUCACGUACUAAUUUUCGAACUGGAUCCUCGUAAUCACUUAUCGGAGCAACACCUCAUGGAACUUGCUGCUGUUCUUGGUGUCGUUUGGGCUCUCAGCUUAUUGAGUUUCUUGUACAGUGCGAGUUUGAGUAUACCACCAUAUAUCAAUCCUUUGGCUCUUGUUGUCAUAAUGUUGGCAUUUCUCUUGAAUCCUUUGAAAGUGUUUAGGCAUGAAGCGAGAUUUUGGCUAUUGAGGAUUACCUCACGAGUUAUCAUAGCGCCGUUCGCCUAUGUCAAUUUUGCGGAUUUCUGGUUGGGCGAUCAGCUCACAAGCUUCUCUACAGCCCUUCUGGAUUUACAAUUUCUUAUAUGCUUUUACAUCACGAAUGGUAAUUGGCUCGAAGCCGGAGAUACUACUCAAUGCUCCACUGGUUCGCUAAUAAUUCGACCGAUUGUCAACUGCUUACCCGCAUGGUUUCGGUUUGCUCAAUGCUUGCGACGAUAUCGUGAUUCAAGAGAAGCUUUCCCGCAUCUAGUUAACGCUGGAAAGUAUGCUACGACAUUUUUGGUAGUUAUCACGCUGAGCUUGCGCAUGCGAUAUGAAGAUAAGACAGAAAAUAUUUGGGAAAGUCCCUGGCUUUGGUUGUGGUUUGUUAGCUGCUUUAUCAAUUCCGUUUAUUCUUACACUUGGGAUAUUAAGAUGGAUUGGGGUCUAUUAGACUCUAAUGCUGGAGAAAACAAGUUUUUAAGAGAAGAAGUUGUUUAUUCUUCAGCUAGUUUUUACUACUUUGCCAUUAUUGAAGACUUAGUUAUAAGAUUUCUUUGGAUACCAAGUUUUGCCUUGACUGAGUAUGGUUACAUUGGAAAUGAUUUGAUGGUUUCCAUAGUCGCGCCACUUGAAGUUUUUAGGAGAUUUGUGUGGAAUUUCUUUAGAUUGGAGAAUGAACAUUUGAAUAACUGUGGCAAAUUCCGUGCCGUGCGAGAUAUCUCAAUUGCACCUAUAGAAAGUUCCCAUCAGGUACAAAUAUUAAGAAUGAUGGAUGAAGAAAAUGGAGUCACUAAUCGUGGAAAACGUAAGGGAGCAGGGAAAAAGCAAGGCACAAAAGAAGAUAAAAAGGCAUUGUUGAAAGAUGAAACUAUUGAUAUUGAUGUGUCAAAUGCCAGUUGAGAAGGUUUACUUGUCAAUACUUCAGUAUAUAUUGAAACUUUUAUAAAACUCUGUUUGGAGACAAUUUUAAGUUAACAGUGGUACUGAGUAUGUGGUAAAUCGUAAUGCAUUUCUUACAAGAUUUUUUACAAACGCUACAAUUAUUUCCUGUUGCCUUUUAUUCUGUCUCUUUUUUGCAUAAAUUUAUUUAGAUAAUACAUAUAUACUUAUAUACUUACAUACAUACAUACAUACAUACAUAUGUGUAUGUGUGUGUAUGCAUAUACGUAUAUGGCACAUUUUUAAUUAAAGUUAGUUGACUCGAAUUUAUAUAUCGUUAGUGUUCAUAGUUCAAUUCAUGUAUUUAGUUUUAACUGAUAAUUAUUUUUUACUUGUUUAUGAAAUAUAUGAACUGUAAAGUAUAUGUAAGAAUCAAAACUUAUUCUUGGAAAAUAAUCAAAUUAAUAGAAUAUUGCGCUUAAGAUUUUUCAAGUAGAAAUCAUGAUACAUGCGUUAUGUGCCUCAUAUCUUUAAUAAUUUUCCAUUUUAUAAAUUAAAAUGUUAACAAGAUUGUAUCGAAUUUGGAGUAAUCUUGAACUGUAAAGUCACGUUAACGUAUUAUUUAUAGAAAAAUAUUUUUCAAUUGGUCAUAAAUUAUUAUUCUAAGGAAAAUUAUUGUUCCUUUAAACUAUAUGGUACUAUGUUAAAAUACUUUUGUUUCAGAAAAAUAUUUUGCAGUACAAAUUACUACACAAUGUUUUUCAACGAUUGUAUUAUCGUUAUAAAUACCCUUGAAAAAAUAUUUGAUUUUUAACUACUAUCAUAAUUUUACAGUUUGAUCUUAAUAAAUUCAUUCUGGAUUAGAAAAAUCUAUUGAAAAGUACAAAUUUAUGAGAAGUGCAUAUUAUUUUUGUGUAGAUUGUAAAAAGGAGUACUAUUUUGUGAAAAUCAUUUUGUAAAUUAUACAACUGUCCUUAUGACAGAAAUCGUUAGUCAUUGCUUUGCUGAUUAUUUAUAGACAAAAAUUGAUUGUAGUAUUGCAGCAAAUAAUGUUUCAUUUAAGUUCUUCCUGUAAGUAAAAUUAUGCUUAGACAACUUGAUUUUUCAUUAAAUCAUGUAAUUUUUAUUAUUUAAUUAGAAAUAUAAUUUAAGACAAUGUGAAUAUUAUUUGCAAUAUUAAUAAUGAGAUGAAAAAAUAGAGGCAUAUGAUUCAUAUUAUAUUAAAUUAGUUUUAGUGUACUUAUAUUACUUAUGAUAUUAUUUUGAUGAAAGUAUUUAUAAGUGACUUUCUACAUAAGGAUACAUCGAAUGUUGAAUAACGAAUCCCGGACGUGUACCGAGAUUAUUAAGGUACAAAACUAAAUGUUUGUUUAACAUCUGGAUUUGUCCGUGAUUGCAUAGAAUACAAGUAAUGAUAGAAAUACAAAUCUACUAUAUUAACAUUAUUAUAAUACAUCAAUAAUGUAUCAUUUGAUCAUUUUGUUUUACCAUGGUAUAUGUCUGUUGGCCGAUAUCCGACGUCUCUUUAUGUAGAAAUUCCCUAAGGGUGCAAUGUACUUUAAUAUUCCAAAAUUUAUGCAUGUUUUUUUGUUUCUAGAAUGUCAAUUUUUAUAGAGCUGUAUGAAUAAAUUGUAUAUAACAAGUACAAAAAAAAGAUUAUUGAAUAAAUAUUUUUAAUGACUGAAUGUUAUUUAUUAUUUAGAGCACGACCAUUAACAUUCAUGAAUGUAAAUACACAUAAACUGACAACCGAACGAACCAUUCGAAAGCAGUAAUAAUAGAUAAAGAAAACCUAUAGGUAAUAAAUAUAUGGCAAUGUAUUCGCAUUUUCUUCGUGAAAUAGUCAUGGCCUAUAUGGGCAGGUAUGGACAUUUAUAAUAGCCUGAUCAGGCCAUAACAUAAUAAGAUGAAACGUAAAAUACUGUAAUGAUAGGUAGAAUACUCGUGGAUGUUGCU